AUGUACAGCAGUGCGGCCAGUGACUAUUCGGGACGUCGAGGUGGCCGCAGUCGCGGCAUGCCCCUCCCAGAGCUGCCGAUCGAGAUCCAGGAGCAGGUCCUCGAUCACCUCCACGACGACCGGCGCGCCCUCAGAGCGUGCAGCCUGGUGUGCUCGGCAUGGAUCUCGACUGCGCGGCUGCAUCUGUUCAGGGUGGUCGACUUGCAUCGCGCGAGAGACUGCCUGCGCUUCCUCGCCGUCCUCGAGUCGACCUCGAACGGGUAUGGCAUCCGCGCGGGUGUGGGCCGUCUCGUCCGCGAGCUGCGCCUGCCCACCAUGACAUUCGACCAGAGGGGAAGGAAGGAGGGGCAGCGCUUCGACUUGCUCUGCCAGAUCCUCCGGCGUCUCCCCAACGUCGAGCUUCUGAACAUGGAGCGCUUCGACUGGUUCACGUUCGCAGAACUGCUCGCCGGCCCCGGCGAGGAUCGCGCCAACGCCGAUCUGCGGGACGCGUUCGCCUCCGUCUUUCCCUUCCCCCGCUUGACCACGCUCCUUCUGCGCAGCAUGCGCCCGCGCAAUCACCCGGAGGCGCUGCAGCUCAUCUCCGCGUUCCCCUCCCUGACCUCCGUGGAACUCGUGCAGAUCACAGGUUCUCAGUUCUCAGAAGACGAUGAGCCUGUAGCCGUAUCUUAUCACGGAGGCCCUCGCGUCUGUAUCCGGGAGCUCGUUGUGGAUAGAUGGUCCAGCUCUCCUCCGGCGCUGCGCAAGAUCCUCGAGGGCCUGCUGAGGCCGCCGUUCGAUCUGCGACUCAGGAAGCUGCAGUGGAAGACCUCUGCCGCCGACGAGACCUCGAAUCACUCGGACGGUCCGGUGCUGACUGAGAUGUUCAGAGGGGCCGCAGACACCCUUGAGAAGUUUGAACUAGACAUCCUGCGCGAUGAUUGGCUGGAGAAGAACGACGUCUCGCGACACCGCGCGCUGACAGACGUCGUCCUCACCUUUGGCUUCACCCGGUACUACUCGUGCCACUGGCCGGCGGUCCCACGCUUCAUCGCACAACUCAACUCGGGUGCCCUCCGCGAAGUGCAGCUGCGGUUUGAAGACCUGCACGCCCGCUUCCACUGGGAGUUCCUCCCUUGGCAAGAGAUGACGGACGCCCUCCGCACGCUGCACCAGAGGCACCCGUCGGUCGUGGUCACGUUCACCUUCCUCUUCCGCGUCCGCCUCGGGCAGCUGGAGCCCGCGCCUUUCGUCGUCGAGCCGCUCAGAGCCCUCAUUCGCCCCGUCCUCAAAGCGGGGAUGCGCGUCGCGGUGGUCCGCACAGGGCUCAUGGACUCGUACAAGUAUAAUAGUUCCUCGCCGGGCGCCCCAGACGUGACGUGGUCGCCAGUGUGGUCUGCACGCACUUGGUUGUCUGCGUGA